AUGUCGGAAUUUGAUGCACUUAACGUUUUGUGUCUCGUCAUUGUAGCCAUUGUGAUUGUCGUCGGGGUGAUGGGAAAUGGAUUCAUCGUCCUCGCUAACGGCCUCGACUGGAUCCGAAGCAAAACGAUGCCCCCUUCGGACAUGAUCCUGACCGCACUGAGUCUGUCCCGCCUCCUUUUCCUCGGGCUGGUACUGGCUGUCCACUGCUUGUUCUUCCUUGAUGUCGACAAUCCCAAGAGCUUACCCGAAUCCCUCAUUUUCUUCUGGGGAUUUGCCAACGCCACUACCCUUUGGAUGGCCACCUGCCUCGCAGUCUUCUACUGCAUGAAACUCGUCAAUCUCCCCCAGGUGUUCUUCGUGAAAAUGAAACUGGGUCUCUCCAGGCUGGUUCCAAGGCUGCUCCUGGGUUCAGUGCUGGUCUCCUUCAUCACUUCCUUUCCCAUCAUCUUCUUCGAAAAGUGUAGCCCCUGUUGCAAUGAAACGAGGGUCGUUCGGGGUAACCGGAACACGACAUGCCCCCAAAAGGUACUUUCGGGUAUUAUAUACAUCACGGGCAGUUCCCCGUCUUUCGUUAUCGUUUUAGCUUCUUCGGUCCUACUGAUUCGCUCCCUUCUUCACCAUGCUCGGAAGAUGCGACUGAACAUGGGGGGCGUCAAGGACCACAGGAUGGAUGUUCACAUCAAAGCCGUUAAAACCCUGGUCUCCUUUGUUAUCCUCUUCACCGCGAGCUUUGUCGCUGUGGUCUCGCUGGCUAUGUUCACAAGUCCUUGGACAAUCGUCACAUCAACGGUGGUGAUCAUCGUGUGUAACUCGGGACACUCUGUGAUGCUGAUUUCCAUGAAUCCUAAACUGAAGCAGCCACUAAUCAGGAGUCUGCGGGGCAGCUUAGGCCGCACCCUGAGGAGAAUAUCAACGUCCUGCCCCAAGACUGCA